UUGUCCAGUAUGUCAUGUUUAGUUGUAACGUUGUUAGUUCUACGGUCCUCAGCCGUUCCUUGUAUGAGGUUGACUUACUUCUGAAUGGGAGAUAGGGAAGUGUAGUUAUCAGCCCUCACCGUGUAAGCUUUGUUUUGUUAUCAGCAUUGUAUAUUAUGUGGCAUAGUCUGCAUCUGCCGUCAGUAGAGGUCCCUCUGACAAGCAAAGGUUGCGUCAUGUGGUGGUAAACUGGUGGGAAUUAAUGUGGCGCCACAGCCCAACCUAGCGUCAUCCUGGUGCAGCAAAAUUUGUUGGAGUGGUGGUUGAGGCUACGCUGUGACGGCCUACAGUGAGACCUUCCUCAUACACGCAUACAAGCUGCAGUAGUAUAGAGGUGUGGGUGUGUGCUGGUAUAAUCGUGAGGCGUGAGGGAAAUACCAGCUGGCGGUGGACAGUCCGUCUCCACCAGGUUGUGUAGAUCACGGGAAGAAGCGAGAGUCGGAAUCGAGUAGCAGCCUAGCAUGAUGGGUUCGCCAGGCGCACAAGCGACGGACAUAUUCUUCUCUGGUGUGUGCAACGGGCCAUUGUGGAAUGUGAGUGCCGCGUGGGAGAGUCGGGUGCCAGAGUUUGGGAGUUGUGUCGAACGCACAGUGCUGGUGUGGACUCCCUGCCUUCUGCUGUGGGUCAGCACCAUCCUAUACCUACCCUUCCUCAAAAGAAGACCUCUGGACCCUCUGCCAUGGACAGCUCUCAUCUACACCAAGUUGAUGGUGUCAGUGUUGAUGCUGGUGACAGCAGGAGUGGAAGUUGUCUGGGCAUGGGUGGAGGAGACCAUAGUCGUGCCCCCAGCAGACUAUCUGGCCUCUGUUGUUCUCCUUCUAACGCAGGUAAUUCAUCUAACACUUGUGUUAGUGGGGAGGAGGCGCAGUGAGCGGAAUAGCAUUGUUCUGUGGCUGUUUUGGUUAUUGAUGGUGCUGUGUGGACUACCCCAACUCUACACCACAAUUAGUUCCGUCUUGCAUGGGAACCGCAAAGUACCGGCCACAUUGAUAGUUACGUUCAUGGUUCAGUAUCUCAGCAGUAUGGUUCUUUUCAUCACCAACUGCAUUUGUGAUGCCCCAUCCAAACUUCAGAAGAUGGCCAUGACAGAGAAACCCAGUCCAGAGUUGAAUGCCUCAAUUGUAAGUCGGCUCUUCUUCUUUUGGUCUGGUCCCCUUAUUUGGGCUGGGUGGCAGCAACCACUCACCUUCCAGGACUUGUGGGAUGUGGUAUCUGAAAACUCUGCAAUACGCGUCUAUCGCUCUUGGCUGCACUCUACAGACAGAGGAGGAAGAGGCGAAGGAUCAUGCAACUCUUAUGAGAAGACAGAGCCCAAGAUGGACAUUACGAAUUACAUUGUAAAGAACAAGAGAAGUGUAACAAUAAUGGGGUCAUGCCAGGCCACACAGGUGUCAAUACUACGUGGGCUUUGGAAUAUGACCAAGUGGCCAUUGUUCCUGUCAAUGUUCCUCAAUAUAGUGUCGGUGGCAUUUAACUUUGUCACACCCCAGCUCCUUAGUCUCUUGAUUGGCUUCGUCACUGACCAGAAAGAGGCAGCAUGGCAUGGUUACUUGUAUGCAGUGGCACUCUUUUUCACCUGCGAGCUUGCAUCUCUCAUUAGGAACAUGUGUUUCAACAUUGCUACCAUUCUCACAGUCAGGGUUAGGUCAGCACUCAUGUGCACUGUCUACGUCAAGGCACUUAAGCUAUCUGGUUCAGCCCGAAGAGAGUCGACAGUGGGUCAGAUUGUAAACUUGAUGGCAGUGGAUGCCCAAACCAUCGGUGAUACAUGUCUUCAUCUCUCCAGCCUCUUUGGGGCACCUAUCUCCGUUCUUGUCUCCCUUGGAUUCCUCUGGUCCAAACUUGGUCCGUCAGUUCUAGCAGGUCUGGUCGUGCUGCUGCUUAUCAUCCCCAUUAACAGUGUGAUCGUCCAGAGGUCAAAGGAAUUGCAGGCAAAAGCUAUGACUUUCAAAGACAAGAGAGUCAAGAUGGCCAGUGAGAUCAUUAAUGGUAUCAAGGUACUGAAGCUGUAUGCGUGGGAGGCCUCAUUUGCUGAAAAGGCUGAGGAGGUGAGGAAUAAGGAGGUCUCGUUGCUUAAGAAGCUCGCUAUAUUGCAGACCUUCAACUCUUUCAUCUUCAGUGUCACCCCAUAUAUGGUAGCUCUUGCCACAUUCACCACGUAUCUGCUAGUGUCUGAUGACAAUGUGCUGGAUUCCCAGAAGGCCUUCGUCUCUAUUGCUCUCCUCAACCUGUUGCGUCUGCCCAUCAUACAGAUGCCCAAUGUAAUCUCCCAGCUCAUUCAGGCAGGUGUGUCCAAGACUAGGAUGCAGAAGUUCUUGAACAUGGGAGAGUUGGAUCCUGAAGCGGUUUGCUCUGAACCUUCAACCUGUGGCUUGGUGGUGGUGCGUGGUGGGCAGUUCAGCUGGGAAGGAGAGGAAGGGAAGGCCAACUGGUCUCUCCAACAGGUGGAGCUGGAGGUGAAGAAGGGGCAGUUGGUAGCAGUGGUGGGGCCUGUUGGAGCAGGCAAGAGCUCCCUCAUCUCUGCUCUGUUAGGUGAAAUGAGAAAGGAUGCUGGGAAAGUCAUCGUCAAUGGAAGUGUAGCAUAUGUGUCACAGCAAGCAUGGCUACAGAAUGCAACUCUGAGAGACAACAUCACCUGGGGUCAGCCCUUUGAACUGAAGCGAUACAAACAGGUGGUGAAGGCAUGUGCCCUGCAGGCCGAUAUUGAUAUGCUGCCAGCUGGAGACAUGACGGAGAUUGGAGAGAAGGGAAUCAAUGUUAGUGGUGGCCAGAAGCAGCGGGUGGCUUUAGCAAGGGCGGUGUAUAGUGAUGCCAGUAUCAUCCUCCUUGAUGACCCGCUCAGUGCUGUUGACUCUCAUGUGGGCAGGCACAUCUUCGACCAUGUCAUAGGUCCUCACGGGGUGCUGAAGCAUAAGACACGAGUAUUGGUGACACAUGCAUUGACCUUCCUGCCACAAGUAGACACAGUGUUGGUGAUGAGGGAUGGGCGGCUGGUGGAGAAAGGAGCCUACACUCAGUUAGUGGCCUCUGGUGGAGAAUUUGCUCAGUUCAUUCUCCAGCACUUCAGUUCCAUGGAUAAUGAGGAAGUGGAAGAGCUGGAGGAGCUGUGUGAUCAACUUGAAGAGGUUUCAGGAGGGAAGCAACUCAUCAAGCAGGUGUCCCUCAGGAGGAGCUCCUUAAACAUUACCAGGGAACUUGAAAAUGGACGAAGACAUCGGACUGUCAGUGAGACAGAUAAAAGCCAAAAAAUUGCCUCGAGUCCUACCACACACACAGAAAAUAGCUGCAACAUAUUUACCAAGCACAGCCAGAUAUGCAACAACCACAAUAACAUUGCUACUAAUAACAAUGACUUGCCAAUAUUUCUUCGUAACAUAUCGUGCUCAUCUCAGCAGUUUGACAAUGUUUCUAAUGACAGUAGCAUGACUUCGACAAUAAGCAGAUCAACAUCUUCAGUAGCUGUGGAUCUUCCGGCAUACAAUUUUGUUGAUUGUAACUCUUCUAUCAAAAGAGGCCAAAUUCUAGUUGAUGAAGAAACUGCUGAGACAGGCAAAAUCUCCAGACAAGUCUUCCUGGUAUAUGGCCGAGCUAUGGGUGCAUUCUGUAUAGUUAUACCCAUCAUCUUCAUGACUCUGGCACAGGCGAGCAAUGCAGGUGGCAGUGUGUGGUUGUCUCAGUGGACCAGCACUUCUAAAGCCAACACAACCAUCACCUCCAACACUACUGAAGAUAUUGCACAAUUUGAUCGAGACAUUUUCCUUGCUGGUUAUGGUGCAUUCGGCGUUGGUCAAGCCAUCUUCUUGUUUGUGGGUCUGUUGAUGGUGAUGCUGGGUGGACUGCGAGCAGCCAAUAUUCUCCACCACCAUUUGCUACGUAACAUCAUUCGUCUUCCCAUGAGCUUCUUCGACACCAACCCAAGUGGACGCAUAAUCAACCGCUUCAGCAAGGAGAUCAAUGUGCUAGAUUACAUCCUGCCACAAACACUACGGGGUUUGGCCUCCAUCCUGUCUACAGUGGUGAUGACGAUGAUAGUGAUUGUGGCAGCCACACCCAUUGUUUCCGUGUUUGUCGUACCCAUCAUGUGCGUGUACUGCUUCAUCCAGCAGGUGUUUGUGGCUACCUCUCGCCAAAUUAAAAGGAUAGAGUCCAACACUAGAUCCCCUAUCUUCUCUCAUUUUAGUGAAAGUAUACAAGGUGCAUCGGUAAUCCGAGCCUACAGGAAACAGGACGAGUUCUUCAAUGAGUCGUUACAACUGCUGGAGAACAGUUUGAAACCUAUUUACUCUAACAUUGCUACCUUCAGGUGGCUUGGUGUAAAUCUGGAGACAAUAGGUAACCUCAUCACCUUUUCAGCAGCCAUCAUGGGUGUCGCUGGACGAGACUCAAUCAGUCCUGGGAUUGUUGGUCUGUCUGUCACAUAUGCUCUUAAUAUCACACUGCAGCUUAACUGGUUGGUGCGUAUUAUGUCAGACUUUGAGUCUAACAUUGUGUCUGUGGAGAAGAUCAAUGAAUAUAUACAGCUACCUCAGGAGGCGCCUUGGCAGGUGGCAAAGGAUCAGACACAGACCGCAUUGUGGCCAUCAGAGGGGCACAUCACCUUCGACAACUAUGAGACCCGCUUCAGGCCAGGACUCGAUCUCGUCCUGAAGGGCAUUUCUUGUUCCAUCAGGCCUGCUGAGAAGGUGGGGAUUGUGGGCAGGACUGGAGCAGGCAAGUCCUCCCUCACUCUGGCACUCUUCCGUAUCAUAGAAGCUGCUGGAGGUCACAUUGACAUUGAUAAUGAAAAAAUUGCCAAGGUCGGCCUCCAUGACCUGCGAAGGAACAUCAGUAUCAUACCUCAGGAUCCGGUGCUGUUCAGCGGCACAGUUCGACUCAACCUGGACCCCUUCAAUGCACACAGUGACACGGACCUGUGGAAAGCCCUGGAGCUGGCGCACCUCAAGAGCUUCAUCAGCAGUCAAACACAUGGCCUGGACCACAUUGUAGACGAGGAUGGUGCCAACUUCAGUGUGGGUCAGAGGCAGCUGGUGUGCCUGGCUCGUGCUCUGUUACGAAACUCUCGGGUGUUGGUACUGGAUGAGGCAACUGCAGCUGUAGACCUAGAGACUGAUCACCUCAUCCAGAACACGAUUCGUUCACAGUUUGCUGACUGUACUGUUCUCACUAUUGCACACCGCCUUCACACUAUAAUGGAUUAUGACAGGGUGAUGGUGCUGCAAGAAGGCAGGAUAGCAGAAUUCGACACCCCCGCUGCUCUCCUCAGCCAACCCAACUCUAUUUUAUAUGGCAUGGCAAGGGAUGCUGGAAUCAUCUAGUUCAACUACUAAUCCUAGUACAAGUGAGGAUUGUGGUUAUAUUCACUGCCGCACACGAUACAGGAUCGCACAGAUACGAUCAGUCUGAAGAGAUAUAAUAAGUCUAAAGUGUAGACUUGACCUCUAUUGUGAGUGACAAACUUGGUGAACACCAAGCAGCAGUGACACAAGAACGUCUCGUGUUUCACAUGUAUCUCUAACUUGGGUAAGAACCAAAAAUCUGAAUGUUAGAAUGUUGAAGAUAUCAUGAAUGUUUUUACUUAUCAAAACAACAUAAGAAUUCUCUUACAAAUUACGUCUGAAUUUGGCCGUAUGGCCGAAAUUGGACGUACCGUAAUUUGAAAAUGAAAAAUAAUUAAAAAUAAAUUUUGUAAUUUUUUCUCAAAAAAACAGCAAGUUAUGGGUCCUCCAGUAGGUUAGGAGAGCAGGAAGUUCUCGUAAGGUUUAAAAACAUCAUGAAAGCCGUUAAUUGAAAGUUUCCUUUCAUAACCUAACUGAGAAAGCCAGAGAACUCAAAACAGAAAACGGAACAGUACAUCACUUUCAUGAGCUUAUUCAAUUUCAAAUUACAUCCAUUUUUGCUUAGCGCGUAUACCAGCAAAAAGCGACGUUAUUUUGAGAGGACGAGUUGGCUGUAGAGCCCGUCCUCAGACCAAAUCCAUUACCAU